GCUGCCAGAGAGUCAGGUGGCUCCGGGAUGCGCGGCCGCGGCGGCAGGCGGAGGCGGGCGAGGAGGAGGAGGAGGUGGGGGAUGCGGCGGCGGCUCGGCGGCACGCGCUGCCUGCCCUCGCCUCUUCCCGCGCUGGGCUGAGGCGGCCCUGCGCCAGGGCCCCCCCCCCCCCCCCCAGCGGCGGCACCUGCUGCCGGCGGGCGCCGGGCCGCAUGAACAAUAGGCGGCGGUACCGGCCCCGCCGCCCCCCGCAGCGCCCGGCAGCCGCGGGCGCCUCCCCCUAUGGAGCAGCCUCGCCAUGGAGCCCCUCACAGAGCUCAGCCAGGAGGGCGCGGGCGGCGGGGAGCCGCCGGGCGGCGGGCCGCUCUGGACCGCCGUCUUCGAGUACGAGGCGUGCGGCGAGGACGAGCUGAGCCUGCGGCCGGGGGACGUCGUGCAGGUGCUGUCCCGGGACUCGCACGUGUCCGGCGACGAGGGCUGGUGGACGGGCAAGAUCGACCAGCGCGUCGGCAUCUUCCCCAGCAACUACGUGAGCAGCGGCGUGCAGGGGGCCGGCCCGGAGCUACGGGCCCGCUACCCGCCGCCCCCCGCCAUACAGCUCCUGGAGAUCGACUUCUCAGAGCUUGUUCUGGAGGAAAUCAUUGGCAUAGGGGGCUUCGGAAAAGUGUAUCGAGCUGUAUGGAUAGGAGAUGAGGUUGCUGUCAAGGCAGCUCGCUAUGACCCUGAUGAGGACAUCAGCCAGACCAUUGAGAAUGUCCGCCAAGAGGCCAAGCUCUUUGCGAUGUUAAAGCAUCCCAACAUCAUUGCCCUCAGGGGUGUGUGUUUGAAGGAGCCUAAUCUUUGUUUGAUCAUGGAGUUUGCCCGUGGAGGAUCGCUAAAUAGAGUGUUGUCUGGUAAAAGGAUACCUCCUGACAUACUAGUGAACUGGGCAGUACAGAUUGCGAGGGGAAUGAACUACCUGCACGAGGAAGCAAUUGUACCCAUAAUUCACCGUGACCUGAAAUCCAGCAACAUACUGAUACUCGAAAAGGUGGAAAAUGGAGAUCUGAGCAACAAGAUAUUGAAGAUCACGGAUUUCGGCUUGGCCAGGGAAUGGCAUAAAACUACCAAAAUGAGCGCAGCUGGGACAUAUGCCUGGAUGGCUCCUGAGGUCAUCCGCUCUUCCAUGUUCUCCAAAGGCAGCGAUGUGUGGAGCUAUGGUGUGCUGCUUUGGGAACUGCUAACAGGAGAAGUACCAUUCCGAGGAAUUGAUGGUCUUGCAGUAGCAUACGGUGUUGCCAUGAAUAAACUUGCCCUUCCAAUCCCUUCCACGUGUCCAGAGCCUUUUGCCAAACUCAUGGAAGAUUGUUGGAACCCUGACCCACACUCACGACCUUCCUUUGCCAGUAUCCUAGGCCAUCUCACUGCCAUAGAAGAGUCUGGUUUCUUUGAAAUGCCCAAAGAUUCCUUCCACUCCCUGCAGGAAGACUGGAAACAAGAGAUCCAAGAGAUGUUUGAUCAGCUCAGAGCCAAAGAAAAGGAGCUGCGCACAUGGGAAGAAGAGCUGACUCGUGCUGCUGUUGAACAGAAGAACCACGAGGAGUUGCUGCGAAGGCGGGAACAGGAGCUGGCAGAACGUGAGAUAGACAUCUUGGAAAGGGAACUCAACAUCAUCAUCCACCAGCUGUGUCAGGAGAAGCCUCGGGUGAAGAAACGCAUGGGGAAGUUUAAGAGGAGUAGGCUCAAGUUAAAAGAUGGCAAUCAUAUCAGCCUGCCUUCAGAUUUCCAGCAUAAAUUCACUGUGCAGGCUUCUCCAACAAUGGAUAAAAGGAAGAGUUUGAUCAGUAGCUGCUCCAGCCCUCCUGCAAGUCCUACGAUUAUUCCCAGGCUCAGGGCCAUACAGUUGACUCCUGCUGAAAGCAGUAAAACAUGGGGACGAAGCUCAGUCCUUCCAAAGGAGGAAGGAGAGGAAGAAGAGAAGAGGGGUCAGAAGAAAAAGGGGCGCACUUGGGGACCGAGCUCACUUUGUCACAAGGAGCUAGGUGCAGGAGAAGAUGGUCUGAAAGCUCUGGUAGAAGGAUACAAACAGUGGUCGUCCAGUGCACCAAACCUUGGGAAGAUCCAGAGAACUGCACCUGCUUUUCCAGGAUUCACCAGCUUAGCAGAGAUGGAUGAUGAAGACAGUGAAUGUCUUAAUGGGGAGGGCAAAGUGCACCCUUCACCUGGGCACAAUCAGUCGUACCUCUGCAUCCCCUUUCAGAAGAAUGAUGACUGGGAUGGUCCUUCUAGUGAUGCCAAUGAGGAGUCCACCCCUGUGAACUCUGCUACUAGUACCCCACAGCUGACACCCACCAACAGCCUCAAACGUAGUGGCUCCCACCACAAACGAUGUGAGGUUGCAUUGCUUGGCUGUGGAGCUGUGCUAGCUGCUGCAGGCCUGGGGUUUGACCUGUUAGAAGCUGGGAAGUGUCAGCUGCUGAUUGAGGAGGAGCCAGAGGCACCCAAGGAAGAGAAGAAGAAGCGUGACAGCAUUUUCCAGCGAGCUGGACGCCCACGCAGGAGCACUAGUCCACCUUCACGAAAGAUCUUCAAGAAGGAGGAUCCCAUGUUGUUGCUAGGCGAACCAUCCACAUCCCUCACCCUUCUUUCCCUGUCUUCCAUUUCCGAAUGUAAUUCCACCCGGUCCCUGCUGCGCUCAGACAGUGAUGAGAUUGUGGUGUAUGAAAUGCCUGUCAGCCCAGUGACAGUCAAGGCUCCCUUGCCAGCCAUUACCAACCCACUAGUCAAUGUCCAGAUUGAGAGGUUCAAACAAGACCCCAACCAGUCCCUGACUCCCACACAUGUGACGGUCUCUUCCCACACCCAGCAAAGCGGGCACAGGCGCACACCUUCUGAUGGGGCCAUCAAAGGGAGUGGACUAGUUGUCAAUGGGUGCCCAACCAGUGGAUGCCCUUCCAGUGGCUGUUUAACUGGAGCACUGGGAGCAGGUGUAUUAAAAACACCUAGUCCAAGUAGAGAUCCCAAUGAGGUCCCUCGCCUGCCAGACCCCAACCUUGUUUUUCCUCCAGCUCCGAGACGAUGGAAUGCACAGCAGGACCCCACACUGGAAAGACCCAAAACAUUGGAGUUCCUGCCCCGGCCACGUCCUGCAGCCAGCCGGCAGCGGCUUGAUCCCUGGUGGUUUGUGUCACCCAGCAAUGCCAAGGGUGAAUCUUCUGCCAACAGUUCAAGUACUGAUACUCCAAGCAAUCUGGACUCUUGUUUUGCUAGUAGCAGCAGCACUGUAGAAGAGAGACCUGGACUGCCUGCACUGCUUCCUUUCCAGGUGGGUCUUCCUGUAGAGGAGCGGACACUGUUGGACAUAGAUGCUGAGGGGCAGAGCCAGGACAGCACCAUUCCGCUAUGCAGAAGUGAACUUAACACACACAAAGCUGCAGCAUAUGAACUCAAGCAAGAAUUCUGGUCUUAGUAUGAAAUCCACUGGGGACAGCAAGCCCCUCUAAAUUCAAUCCUACUUUUUGCACUGAGAAUGCACUUUGAAGACAGAUGAGAUGGAGGGAUGCUACAGAGAUCAUAUGGUGCUGCCUCUGCUGAAGAUGUGGUGUUCAACUGCCUGAUUUUUAUCUGCAGUUGAAUGAAACUUGACAACUCUGAGCUGCUGACUUUUGCUGUGGGGUUUUUUUUCUGUAGUCUUCCCUGCCCUCUUACUGCAGUUUGAAUCUGCAAUGAGCUAAAAUUAUCAUAUCAAAGUCUUUGUAACUGACCUUGUAGGAUUUGGCACUUGCAGUAAGUAUGAUAUCUAUCCUGGUAUUAAUCAGUAUUUUCAGAACUCAAAUAUUACACUACAGCAGACACCAGUGUUUGAUGUUUUCCCAAGGGAUCCAGGACAGAAACAAGUAAAUAUCUGGAAACUACCUUCUCUGAAAUGUAUUCAGAUCAUUAGAUAGACCUGGGAAUCACGGUGCCCCCCCCACUGAAGGAGCAGAAGUAGAUAUGUUAGAAUCAGUUGUCCUCUUUUGCUCAUGUGAUAGUGCAAGGUGGAACGGAUUGCAGAGGAAGGGCAUGGCAUCUCCACUGAUGGAGGUCCUUGAGAACAGACUAACUAGACUGUUGGGAACAAGUAGGUGUAGUUGAUCCUGGCUUCAAGGCAGGUUGGAUGGACUUCAGUGAUCUCGAGGUCCCUCUUGGCCCUGUUUUUCUAUGACCCUGUGCUUUCAAAAAGAUGAAGACAUAUGAUAUGGCUGUUUACUCUAGCUUGUUUUUUUGUUUCAAACUUUGGUUCCAUUGGUUUCCUUUUCCUGCCCCCUGUAUCUCAGACUCAUAGUCAAGCUGCCUUAGCUUUGGGAAGGGGAUUAGCAGGAAGUCUUUCUUUAAAGUUGGGUUGACUUGCAGAAGUAAGUUAUGUGUACCUCUUUUUUUUUUUUUUUUUUUUUUUUCUUUUCCUUCCUGUUUUUUUCUCCUUUCUUUUGCUUUUUAGGAGUGGCUCUUGAAACUCAAGACUGUUUUUAUGCACACUGAUGCUUGUUUAAGGCUCUUUUUGAAAUAGAGGCUUGUGAGUAGUUGGAUUGUGCAAACUGGAAUCGGAACAUCUGGAUUCUGUUUUAUUUUGUCACUGACUCACUGUGUGACCUUCGGCAAAUAAUGUAACCUCUGUGCCUGAAUUUCCCCAUCUGUAAAUAAUAGGAAUAAUACCUACCUCACAGCGGGAGGGAUUGGGACAUGAAAUAGGUAUAGAGUGAGUGAAAGGCACUAUAGACUUGUAAAACUUUAUUCUUGUUCAAAUAUGUAAAAACUCCUAACUCUGGAGCUAGAACAGACCCCUGUCUUGAAGGAGGAAGUCACACAAAUAGGGUGUGCCUGUGCUCACAGUUUUCUGUACAGAGGCUACAAGUGUGUCUGUGCCUCUACAGAUAUACCUUACUGGCUUUAAUGAGAUCUUCACUCUUCCCCGGUUUUGGCAUUACAAAUAAGGGAUGCGGUCUUUAUAUGAGUGUAGCAGGGUAGUCUGCUUUAUUGCAGGGUUCAGCGUAUCUGCUUGCUCAUUUUGUUAAUCUGCUGACCAUUUGGGUACAGAUAACUGAUUUGACUGCUGCCAAUACAGUGCUCAACCUGUGUUAGGGCGGUCCAGUCCUGUUGUGAGGGCAGUGUAGCUGAAUACUUUCUUGCAGCUGUCAGCGCAGAGAACCUGUGUGUUUAGGUGUUUGUAACCUGAUGUUAAAAACCAGCAUGUGUGGGGAAGUACUGUACUUAAAGAUUUUUAAUUCUGUUUGAGGGCUAAAACCAGCAUGUUGCCAUUAGUCAAGUGCACCCAUUUUUUCAAGCAGUUACAGUAUGUUUUUGUGUAGAAAGGUCACACAUUUCUUUUUAUCACAUUCCAUGAAACAUAUUUAAAUGGCAGAACUACUUUUUGCUGCCUUCCCCUUGAGUACUCCAGAGCUAUCCUUAAUGGUGCUACACUAUCUGCUGAACCUGGAUGGACUAUUGACUUUGUAGGCAAGGUAUUCUGAUGUAGGGCUAAGAUACUUUAAAAAGAAAACUUAUAUUUCUGACACUUCCGUUAAAUGUAGACCUUUAGCAUUAUUGAUAUCUUAAGUGUUCAUCUCUUUGCUUUCCAUUUCUGAAAACUUAUCUUGUGAUCCAGAGACUUAAAAAAAAAGCAAAACCCACCCAACAAAUGGUUAAUUUUGAUUGUGCUGUAGAAACAAGCUCAAGGAAAGCCCAAUCAGAGGUUGUGUCAUAGGGACUUAAAAGCAGGAGAUUAAAACUAUAGUUUUUCGUAGCCUCCCUUAACAUUUAAAAAAGUCUCAUACGAAACUGCAUCAGCUGUUCUGAAAUGUAAUGUUUUCUAUCUAAAAAGUAUCCUUACAAACGUCAUAAGUAGCAUCAUCUACACUGCAAAGAUGUCACCUGGAAUAGCUCCAUUCAAACAGAAAUCUCUUAAAUCCAUUUACUUGCAUGGAAUGCGAGGUUACCUUUCUAGGUCACACUGUUUUAACUUCAUCCACUAAACUUCGAUAGCUGGCCGGCUGCUUUCACCAAUUGAACCGUAAGGUUCCUGUCAAGUUCCCAGCAGGCAAGGCAGCUGUAGAGGCAAGUUGUUCUGUCACCUCUUUUACUUAGGAAAGUUGAGGAUGAAGUCUCAAAACCCCUUCCUCCUUCCCUUUUUAGAUAACCGUUUGGUGAAAGUGGUGUGUAGCUGACCUGUUAGAAGUAUUUUGCUCUGAAGAGCAUCUUCCCUAACACCAAAUGGAUGUUGCUGCAUUAAAGGAACUAGGCAGGACAGAUAACAAGGAUUCAAGGACCCAGAUCAGGGUUUCCAAUGUAGAUGUUCUCUAUUACAAAGCUGCUAGAAAGACUAGGUAAAAGUAUGAUGUUUGGGGUGUGUUUGUGGUUUUUUUGUUUUUUUGUUUGUUUUUUUUUAAAAAAACAUUACUUGGAUGCAAUUAUCUUCAUUGAAUCUAGCAUUUGAAAGAAAAUGAGGUAGCCUUUGAACAUCAGCCUGUAACUGUCUUCUAGGUAGGAGCCCUGUGGCUAACCUGAGGUAUCAGGCAAGAGUUUGUUGUAGAAACAAAGCUAUUUGCUUUAGCAGGUGGUGGGGUAUUCUCUGACAGGUGGAGGGGGCUCUCAAGGCAAAGGGUUGUCAGGUGUUCUACUUUCUGCAUCCCAGAAGCUGUUGCAGCUGGUGUCCUGAGGCCCAGAGGCUGUGUGCACGUUUAAGCUAGCUCAUAACUCUCCCUGUAUCCAUCUAUCCCAUCCUGGCUUGAUUUCUCUACUUCCUUAAUCUGUUGAGUUUUUUUCCUUCCCAGUUUUGGGAGCUUAGGUCCUCCAAAUCUCCAAAGGAGUGCUUGACUGUAGUCCGCUAGAUACUGAGAAGAUAGAAGCCUGUCAGCUCACAAAUCUUUUGUUCUACUAGUUACUAGUAUUUCCAUUUGUCAGGGAGACAAAAGUUUCAGAAUAUUGUUGAUUGACAUAACUUUCUAGCAGUGUUUUUGAAGAAGAUGGUGAAAAUCUUGCUAUAAAAAAAUUGUAAUAAAUGUAUUAUUUCCUAAAUAUCUGAAUAAGUUACACUUUUCUUUUUCUCUGAGAAAAAGAAGAAACAGGUAACAGGAGAGCACAGAAUUACUGAGCAGUCUAAAACAUAAUGACAGAAGAAUGGGAUAAACUCUGUUAAAGUAAUUACAGGGCUCACAAAGAGGAAAUGAAAAAUUUUUAAUGGAUAGUUAUAGUAGUAAUAUUGCAGAGAUAAGUUUUUCUGGUCUGGAAAUACAUAUGUAUUUCCUUUUAGUCAGCUGGCAAUGUGUGUCACUAAUUUAUGUAACUCAUGUACUGAUUUAGGAAACGGAAACAAGUUUGCCAGCCCUUCAAAAUAUGCUAUCCUUGGAGCCUGUUUGUUUUUCCUGUAAAACUGGGGGGAAAGCAUAGAUGUAGCAACCAGUGCAAAAAAUGACAAUUCUUUUUAAUAAAUUUUGGCUGGUUUCACAGAAAUUGAGUGUGGGACAAGUAAAGAAAGCUUUUGUGUCAAAACUAAGUUGAUAAGUUGCAGAUUAUUUUUAUUUUCCUAAUACUGUUGCUUCCUAUGGACUGCGCAAUGCUCUGUUUUGCCAGCAAGUAGGUCUUACCUCUUUCCAAUCCUUUCCAAAGGUACAAAUUAAGGUUUUGUAGGGUUUUUUCUCCUUUAAAUUAUUUUUGCAGUGGGUUGAUGUUCAGUAUAGGGCAGGGAACCUCAGUGAAAAUAUUCUUUUUGUAAUGGUUUUCUAACAGAAUGAGUAUUUACAAAGUGAAUUUUUCAUCAUUGAUGUGGAAAAACCUGGGCUGGUUUGGCAUGCUUUUAUGUUGAACUAUUUUUCUGUACCUCUAGGAAUGGGAGUAGUUGCCUUCCUCUUCAUAGCAUGCUGUUACUUUACGACUUUAUGGACAGUACUGCAUAAAGAUGUUGCUUCUGUUUGUCAUGAAACUGGCUACCUCUCAUUUGGCUGGAGGUGAGGCAGUAAUGGGCAAGUAAAGAAAGGUCUUUGCCAUCAGGAGUGUCCUGUCAAACAGAAAAUAACAGGAAGCCUCCCAUCCUGAGUCACUUUUCUAUCUUGAGCUUAACUUUUAUUUGAAACUUAAUUCAUCUCUGUGGGAUGGUAUGGGAGCUGGGGUCCCAUUAGAUGUAUGGAACCAAACCUAACACUGUAUCCCAAAAUGCAAUGAUAGCCUGUUACUUUUGUAAGAAAUUUUAAGCUAAUAUUAAUGUGUGUGUUUCUUCUGGGUUUUUUGAAACCUUUCUUCUUGGAAAAAGCGCUUAUUGCUUUCUAACCUUUUCCAUGCAUUUUGGAAAUACUCUCAUAAACUCUUACCAACUCUGGCAAAUAAGGAGGCUUGUCUUGCACAGUGAUACGGCUCCUCCUUUUGGCUUCACUUUUUUUAGUAUGAAACAAGGAUGCCUGUGUUUGCAAAUGAAGAUUUCUGAUCCUUUUCCUGUUGCUGCAGAACAGUUUCAUAGCUUCCAUAUGUAUAACUCACUUAAGGCUAUAAUUUGGGUAAAACUGGACAUCAAGAGCGAGAGGAUAGGCAUGUGUUAAAACAUACUUGCAAACAAAUAAAUAUAACAUGUAUGUACAAAGAGAACCAAAACAUACUCAUGCUGUCACAGAGAAUACCAUUCAGACUUCAUAAACCUUUCGUUGAUCAUAUAAUUAAGAUAUUUUUAGGAAAGAAUGCCUUCCUAUGUUUUUCUGUGAAGUUUCCUAUUUUAAGACUAAAAUAUGGUGGUUUGCACAGCCAGUGGUAUUGUAUCUAGCUGGACAGAAAGGAUCUUUUAACCAAAUAUCUGUCUUUUUUCUCUUUUUCCAGUCCAGUUUGUGGUUUAGAUUUUUUUUGUGUGAUUAACAAACAGGAGUCUCAAGAAGAACUUAUGUUUAUUGUUUCCUCAGCCCUACUUACACAGUUUUGUGAGAUAGUAUGGAAAUGCAUUUAUGACUUAUUCUCCUGCUCCUUCUAUUGAACACACUAGUAGAAAAUCAGAUGCUGCAGUUUAAAUGUGCAUUUGCUUUUGUUUUUUCUCAUGCUCAGCUUUUUUAGGCAGCUUUGCCAUUGGUCAGAGAUGAAUAGAGUUUCUGAAAUUACCUACAUCAGCUUUAUUUUUGUGUGUUAAAAACAGUAAUUCCCAGGCUAAGAGGUACGUGUGCUUGACUGAAAGGUAAUUUGCCACUGGUGACAGGGUGGUGAAUCUGAUGUAGCUACCAGAAUUAUUUCUCUCUAGGAAGAAUCUCAAGUCUUUUUGCAGCUGGAAAGUCUUAAGCAUUUCAUCAGUGUUUGUAUACAAGAAAUGCAUUUCAUCUCCUUCUGUACAUGAGUGAAAAAAAAUAAUCUUUUCUUUCUUUGAUUCUAAAUGACCAGGAACAUAAUUUUCCGACUGAGAAUGGCUUCUUGGAGUUUUUGGGAUUUUGUUGAUUUUGUUUUUCUAAGCCUGUAAAAUAUAUAUAUAUAUUUGUUAGAUGCAUCAUGUAUUCCUAGGUGCCUUCCAUCUCACAUGCCUCCUUGCUAGGGCCUGAGGUUGUUUUUUGGAGGGAACUCCUGGUUGUAGCUUUCAGUACUGUAGUGUUCUUCACACAUCAGGCCAGAUACCAGCACAGUAAACAUUUUGCAUCCUCCCAUUUACCGAUGCGUGUACACCCCUGAGGAAAGAAGUGCGCUAUCACUGGCUCUCCUUAUCUCUCUGCCUCUAUCCCAUCUUUAUCAUUUAUUAAUUCUUGUUAACGAUAGUACUUGGGGGCAUAAGACAGAAACCAAUACAUGUUUUAGGUGUGCUUUGACUUAAAAUGUUUCCAGGCUAAAAGCAUAACACACAGCUGGGAGAAGUGCAAGCAGAGUUUGACAGGCAAUAGCGAAUAAAAAAGUGAAAUUAUCCUUCUUAAUGUAAUAAGCAGUCAGAGGACAGAGGGAUACUAGCUGCAUGGUAAUCUCUUGGCAUCACAGGUAAGUUAGGUCCUAAAGAAAAAAAUGAGGAAUGUGUAAUUACUUAAUUUCUGGUUGGAUUGGUUUUAUUUUACCCUGAGCUACCUCAUUCGUAGAGAUGGAAUGGGAAGAAAGCAUGACUUUGGUAAGAAUUACUCUAGGUAGGCAGUUGAGGCUGGAAUGAUGGGAAGACAGAGGCAAACACUUAUAUUUGGCUCUUUGACAUACAGAUUCCUGAUGGAAAAAUAAAACCAGCAAUUCUGUUUUAUAAGUUAAGAUUAUACUUGCUUUUAAUAUGUAUGUUUCCAAAAUAAAUAAGAAAUGACAAGGCAGGGCAUUAUUUUUGAUGGUUUCUGACCUGUGGAAGAGCUGAUUGUCCACAGACCAAAAGGUGGUGAUUUUGUAUUGGUCACUACUGCUUUUAGAAGUGAAGGUCUGUUUUUUGAAAACAGAUGAUUUUUUUUUUUAAAUAAUCUCAUGUGCUCUUAAAGUGGACCUACACACAAUCCCAAUUGUUUCCUUGUAUUUGCAGUAUUGUUUUCCUAACGUAUCAGAUCCUAAUACAGUCUAUACUGUAUCUGGAUGCUAAUAAUGUGCAGGCAGCCCAAUGUAGCUCAUGUUAAGAAACCGUGACAUAUUUUUAGUGUAUAGUGUUGUGGAUUUAUAAGCUCAGCUUGAAGUAGGCUACUGUUAGGUCUGUAGCUGGUGGGUCAGAUGGAUGCAAAGCUAGAAAAAGGGGGCUUAGAACAAAUCUCAGGAGGAAUGCCAAAGUUUUAUUUGCUUAAAACAAAUUAUUUGAAAAAUAAUCGGGGUGGGGACGGGCAAGGCCCUUCCUUAUUCAGAAAUACUUUCCUAUGAUCUUGUCCAUGCUCAAAUUUUAGCUUCCAGGGCAGCUAGCAAGAUCCUACAUGGCGUUUAAAAGUUGUUGGCUGAACCCCCAAAAUAAGACCAGAAUAAUGCAUUUCAUAUAUGCUGUUUCAAAGCCAUUGAUACAGUCUCCCUGUUCUUGAUUGUUCCAGUUUAGCAUUUCUCAAGAACAGAUGCUGAGGUUGGGUAAAGUUAACCUCCUUGUCUUGAAGAGACAUAUAUGGGUCUGAGAAAGAAGAAACAUUUUUUUUAGCUGUGUCCUGAUGCUUUUGUGUCUUGCUGUCUGAACAGUGGAGGUUAUAAUGGAGCAGGAAGGCAUGCUGGUGUUUUUCCAAGCUUCGCUGAUAAGAAUGCUGCUAACAGCAGAUUUCAGUAUCUAAAUUAACAAGUUCUUUGGGAGCCGUUGUACUUGUUUCUCUGCAUUGAGUUUCAGAACAAACCUGGCCUCUGAUUACUGUUUGGCAUAGCUCAGUUGCACCCUGAGCUGCUUGAGGUUAACUAUAUCUGAAGGAGAACUGAGCUUCUUCCUUGGGUUUUUCUGGAAUUUGUGAACGUGACCACUUCUCAACUUGGGUUACUUGGAUGUGGCCACUUCUCAACUUGGAUAAUGUGUUUUCUCCCCGUCUGUAUCACAAAAUGAGUUGUCACCCAGGACUGAUGGCCCAGAUACUCAUAGUAGGCUUGCUCUGUCUUGCAUGCUUCAGUGAACAGCUCUUACAACGUCGGCAAGGUUAGCGUUUGUAUCUGAACAGGGCCGCUGAUACCUCUGAGCUGACUUUUCACGCUGUAUCUCAAGCAGGCAUUAGUGUGUCAGUUCUACCAUUGCUCUGUUUUCAAGGUUACCGUGACAACCAUAACAUCCAGACAUCCUAGACUUUCAAGUGUAAAGCUGGCGGGGCGAGGAAGAAAACAUGAGUGUGUGCCAGUUGAACAGUUGAGUUUGGCCAGUGCUGUUUGCAGAGUGAAAUCUGUUCCUGUGCAACCCAGGUCUGUUUGGGGGAUGGCUAAAUUCAGUAGUAUGUAUCUAAAUCCCCUUAAAGUCAGUAGGCACCAGUGCCCGUGUUUGGUAGUUAUAAGAAACCACAUAAAGCCAAGACCACUUAGUAGUAAAAUUUCAUAUUUAGGGUAAUCUUUCUCAUUAGAAGGGAAGAGGCCUCAAUUCAAGAAAGCUCUUCGUCAUCCACUUAAACAUCACUGAAGUCAGUGGAAUGUAUCUAUCUGUGGGUCAAAAUGCACAAGACCCCAAAUCAGCAAAGGUCUAAACUGGGGGAUUGUGCUGCAGCGAUUGAUGGUGAAGGACCAGGCUCUGUACUUUGAUUGUCAGAGGAAAGAGUCAAUUUACCUGAGGAAAGGUAAAUUUAUCUGGGUGAACGCUGGUUUCAUUGCUGACUCCUGUGGCCUUUCCAUGACUGCACAUGCCAUGCCUAUUUGACUGCGAAUUCUUACCGUAAGCUGGGUAAGCUUUGAGAAUGUUUUCUAACACAGGAAGGAAGAGCAGCAACUUCUGCCUUAGCAGAUGGCUAGCUGUAAAGGGGCAGUAAGCGGUUCGUGGAGGUUGUAUGUGCAAAUGGCAGUUUAACCUGAGGCCUUUCUCAGGUGUUUUUUCUUAUUUUAAAAAUGCAUCCCUCCAGGCUGGUAGACAGACCUGACAAGUUCAGCAGUGAUCAACAUCCGCCACUGUUACUGGAGGUCUAGGGUUCUUGUUUUGUCAGCUGUUGGCACAGCACCUUCUGCUGGUAUGUAUGAUUUUUAUGUCAUGAAUUCAGGACAAGCUGGAAAUACCAGAUAUUUUGCCUGACUUAAGUUGAGAAGCUUAUAUGGAGUGGGCAGGGCAACAGUGGUGGGAAAAUCAGGGAAAAUACCUGUGCUUUUAACAAUGUCUCUUCUGUGGCUUUGAAAGUCUGAAAAUUUCUCAGCCAGAGAAUGUAUUUCCUCCUUUUUAUAAGCUACUUCUUUCUUUUGCCUUAUUAAUUGUGGAUCUGCUCCUGCUUCUAUUUAAAGCCAGAUGCAAAAAUCAGUGACCUGACUUUCCUAGGUACAAUGUUGUAAAUCUGAAGAACCAGGUGAGUAGAUUAGUGCAAGAUCAUGCCCCCAUGUCUGUUCUUUUAAGAUACGGGGUAGUUCCUGCUUGUGUUAAAAUCACUCUGUGGAGGGUGUUGGGUACUUCAUAAGGAACUCCAAACUCUGUAGGACUGGGAUUCAUCUUACAGCUUCAGUAUUUCAGUCUGGUUUUGGAGACCUCUGUGUGUCUUCUCUUCUGUUCAUGAUGUUCAAAAGUCUGUUGCUAUGGAAGUAGCACCUGAAGGUAUGUUUUGCCCGAAGAACCUGCAAUGAAGCAGUUACAUUACAUUAUUAAGUUACAUUAGCAAAUGGUAAUGUACCCCAGAGUUGAGUAACAUAACGGAGGCCACCAAGUUUUUCUUGUUUGUGUGAUGAAAUGUUGUCAAAUUAAGUGAUUUGUUGGAGCCUUCCUUUAACUUCUGUACAGCAGUAAGCUUAGAGGAAAGGAAGAUUGCAUUAUUUUUUAAAAGCUUUAUUUGUGACCCGGACUUGUUGCCUCUGACCCUCUUGGGCUUAAAUAGUUAAAUUAUAUUAAUGUCCAGUUUGUUUCACUGUAGGUAACACAUCAGCUGAAUACUCUUGUGCAUAAUCUACUGUAUCUUUCCUCUGUUCUGUGUCAAUGUAUUAUGUGUAUUUGGAUUACAGUUCUUUUUUGUAUUAAAUUAUUUUAUGUUAUAGAACAAUAUUUAAGCGAAGCAAAGAGCUAAUGAAAGUUGUUGGCGUUUUGGGAUUUCUUUUCUCUUUGCUCUUUUUUUGGAUGUACUGUAAAUUGUAAACCAAGGAUGCCAAGCAGGCUUGGUUCAAUGGCUAAAAUUAUUGUAUUACAGUGUAAUGCUGAUCUAGGCCUUGUCUCAACACUAGAGCACACAGACUUGAAUAAAACUGUUACAAAAGUGA